UGUAUCUGUAAUUGGUGUCGUAUUCGUAUUUAUAAAUUUUUAUGAUUUUUCUUAAUAAAAAUAUCCUUACACCCACUGGAUCUUGGUGCAAAAUUUAUUAGAAUAGCCACUAGUGUCCAAAAAAUAUAAAUGAAGCCAUGGCUUUGACAUUGGACAAACUCACCAAUGACGAAAGGUUUAAUGGUGAUAAUGUACUACAGUUUUUGCUAUAUCUCCCUCUGGGUUUGGUUCUCACGGCCUUACGCAUAGCCCUGGCGCUUGUAUUAUGGAUUGCGUCGAUCAUACUGCCAAAUAAGUCCGCCGUGAGACAGUUAUUGUCUACUCUAGCUUGUUGGACAUUUGGCGUGUACGUGAAGGUGAAGGGCAGCCGCGACCCGCGCUGCAGCGUGCUGGUCGCCAACUACGUGUCGUGCCUGGACUCGCUGGCCGCCGCGCACACGCUCGGCACCAUCAGUUUACGAAAAUGGAAGGUUCCGCCAUUUUUUGCCUCAACACUUGGAAUCAAAAAUGCUGCUCAAUUUGUGAGAAAAGAACACUUCACAGAGAAUCCAAGUAAACCUGUGCUACUUCAGCCGGAAGGUGGUCCCACAAAUGGCACGGGCAUGCUAAAAUUCACAGAUUGGUCCUUCCCCAUCGGUAAUAGAGUCCAGCCUGUUGCUAUCACUGUGGAGCGACCGUUCACAAAGGUGACAGUCCACCGGGCGAGCGACAAGGCGGACGUGUUCCCGUGGUGGGACGCGCUGUGGUUCCUGUGGACGCCGUGCUCCGUGUACACGCUGCGCGCGCUGCCCGCCCUCGAGCGCUGUGACGACAGCGACCAGGCGUUCGCCGAGCGCGUGAGGCGCGCCCUCGCCGACGCUCUGCAGGUGCCGCUGACGGAGUUCAGCUGGGAGGAGCUGUGCCGCGGGCCGCGCGUGCGGCGCCGCGCUGCUGCGCAGGCCGAGAUGCUGCGCCGCGCGCGACACGUCAAGGAGGUGCUGCCGCUCGUGCCGCUGAAGGACAUCGUGAGGGAGCUCGAAAAAACACGCAGCGUCGACGUAACGAUAACGAACUUCCUGGAAGGCCUCGUCCCGUACAGGCCGGAGGCCGAGUCAGUGAGUGACCCCCAGCCCAGCACGUCACAGGCCCCGCCCAAGUACGUGACCCCCGCGCCGACGGGGACCUUUCCCAAGUCCGCCAAAGAGAGGCAAAUGAGUUUCCAGGAGAGGAAAGCGCAGAUGAUAGCGGAAGCCAGGCAGAGGUAUAUAGAAAAACACGGGUUGAAAAUAACCUGUUGAUAGUGAUUGUUUUUUUGGAAAUUGUUAUUACUCUGAGGGUAGUCUGAUAUUUUUUUUUGCACUGACGUUUGUUAUACUGGUCCUACUACCGAAAAAGCAAUAUUUUUACCACAUCUCUAAAAUUGUAAAGGGUUUUAAUAUUGUAAUAUAAUAAAUUAAAUAUUAUCAAUAUAUAUGUAUAGUAUCAGUAGGUAUGUAUAAAUAUACUAGUCAACUUUUUAACUAGUUCUAACUAGGUCCACAACUACUAAUAUUCAAAAUUAUGUACGUUUUGGAUAUUUUAGCUCAAAAUGCAUAUACAAUUAUAUAUUAUAUAACUAUGUAAUUUGAAAAAUAUCUGUAUAUAUACAUCUAAAGUUAUGUAAAACGAACUAUAAGGGCCCCCACAGACAAAGCGUUUAGGUGUUCAGAGAUCUGCUUUCUGUAUAACGUUUGCAACUUUAGAUGCUACCGAGCAGAUAGCAGACAGUUAAACUUUGAAGCCGGAAUAGCUCAGUGGGAAAAGGGCUGGACUUAUUACAGACAUCACAGAGGUCGUGGUUCGAUUCCCUCCCAUGGACUAUUGUCGUACCCACUCCUAACAGUUUUCAGAGUAAUUGGAAGGGAACGGAAAUAUUACUCAUAUUAAAAAAACUGCUGUGUGUGUUGUUUGCUUGGUGCUAUGACAGAUUACUCAAAAUGCAAAACACUGAACUCAGAACGUGUUGUUUAUGCGGGCUCUAAUAGUUUUAACGAAUAAAAACUGUCUACCUUACAUAAUGGUAUUGAAUUUGGACAGACAACUUCUGUUCAAAAAUAAUUCUUAUAGAUUUAAUAUAAAUUUUUAUAUCAAUUGUAGCUUUCCUAUUGAAUUUAAGAAAAUGUCCUGUAUUACUUUUCAAUUGACAUUCAGUAAGCAAUACUAGUAACUAAUAUUUAAUAUUAUUCUUGUAAAAAAAUUAAACUCUAACGAAUUAAGGUCGUAUUUCGACCACUGUAGUGGCUUAACAAGAUAGCUGUCCGCCAGCCAAUUUUAAACACCAGAUAUUAGAGCUUUAAACAAACAACAAACACCAUUUUUAAAUUAUUAUAGAUACUAAUCACCCUGUAUAAUAUACGUCAGUGUUUUAAAAGUGUAAAAAGCGACGCACACCGAUCGUUUUGGUACAAGACCGUGUCUUGGCUGCUGCGAUACAACGCUCAGUGUGUACUAGCCCUAAGGUUAAUGUCAUAUCGGACAGCCAUUUUAAUAUACCUACUUAGGGCCAUAGCUCAUUAGAGCCAUUCUGCACCCGACAAACAUCAUUCGGCGUCCACUCGUUGUCUAUAGGUACGACAAAAACUAGAUCGAAUAUCGUUGAAAAGGUUUAUGUGGUAUUUUCUUUGUCAUUUGAAGGAGAAGGAUGCAAAACAAAAAAAAAAAAUUAAUGGUGGUUCGACAAAUUAUGAAAAUUAUUUUCUUAAUAACAAUUUGCGUCGUCUAUCCAUAAAAAAAUACUAUCUACCCACUUGUAAAUUAUAAAUAUUAAAGAUGUCCUUUACAAUUUCUGUCAGUGAUUGAAAUUGCAUGACGAUGUCCUUGCGUUAUUCAUUCGUUGAUAUUACGGAGCUGAUGUAGUGAGCAAUAGCGUAGUUUACCUCAGGCCUGUAUCAAAAUUAGUUGGAGGCCCAAUAUACGAGCGGCAAGUCCUGAAAAAUCUCUUUAAUUUUUGAUAUACUUUAAACUAACUCUUUCAUUAAAUACUGCUUUUUUUACUUAUGUCAUUUCUGCAGUUUUUUAUGUUUAUAUUUCCUGGAAAUCACCACCAGAUUAAGUAAUAUUUUAGAUUACUUUUUACAAAAUUUUGCUUUCACACGUAAGGGGCUCCUGUAGACAGGCCCCGUAUCAUUGAUACGUCUGAUACGGCGGUAGCUACGCCCCUGGUAGUGAGCGUAAAGUAAAGAAAGCGAGGCGGCGCCGGUUGGGUGCCGUGUGACUCUAAUGAGCUAUGACCAUUAGAUGAUCGUUAUCGGGUAUUGUCAGAUAACCUUACUUGAGUGCCUUUAGCAUGGAUAUAAUCACGUUUUUGCGUCGUAUUAGUUACUAUUUUUGACUUAAAAUAUAUAUAACAUUGCUCUCAUUGUUAUAGUUCAAAAUGAAUAGUUUAGCUACAAUAGCUCGAUGGUAAAAGGCUCGUAUCAAUAUCGAAGGUCAUGGUUUUCUUCUUCCGUCUAAAAUCUAAAUAAAGUCUUCCGGCUAAAUGAAGGGGAACAGAAAUAUUGUCCAUAUUUAAAAAAAUUAGCUACUACUUUGAAAAAGAAAACAAAGUAAACUUUAAAUGGCCUAAGUCUUAUAAAUAGACUGAGUAAUCAUCCGUUUUUUUUUUAAAUAAUUGAUAGACUUGGUAUCAUGUAAUCGUAUUAGUGUGAUUUGUUAUAAAAUUUGUUAAUGUUCAAUUUGCUUUACCUCGCCAAAUGAGUGGUGACCCUUAGUUAAGUCAUCAGUGCCUUGAAUUUUGAUUGAUUGAAACGAAUCUUGAAUGACUAAACUGGUAUAUUAAAAUGGCUGGACGUAAUGGUACGUUUACACUGAAGUUAUUUUUCGUAAUGUUUAUCGAUGUUGCUAGACAUAGAGCAACAUUUGUAGAUUGCGCUGAACAGUAAAAAAAGUAACUUGUGCGUCUCGGAAGCCAGACUAAGUGGUGUAGUAACGCGUUACGUUACGUAACGGUUUUUCCCUUCCAUUAUAAGUUAUCACUUUAAUAUAUAUUUAAAGGUUGUGCAAAGUCACAUAAAGUUAUUGAAAGUUUUUUAAUGUUCCAAAAAUUGUUAUUGCUCAACAAAAAGUAACCUCAGUGUGGAUACACCAUUGUAUUGUAUAGUUGUCAAAAACAAAAUCUAAUUACGAGAACAAACGUCAAGCAAUAAAUACAUGUAUGUAAAGUUAUCCAGUCUAGCUGUUUAUUUAAAAGUAUCUCGCAAAUAACGUAACGUGCAUCGAUUGCAUACGUAACAUGUUUUAUCUCGGAUGGGACGGGAUGAUGAAGUUUUGGAAAUACAAACAUACAAAAUACAUACAAUUCUGUAUGUAUUUUGUAUGAAAUGUUGUCACCAGAGCGCAUUCCGUAUGGAGCGACCUUAAUGUGCCACAAUUGGUACAUAAUGUUAGUGUUCUUAAAUAAGGUUUCUUUAAAUAUUUUGUUUUGAUUGAAGUCUUCAAUAACUUUAAAAAAAAUUGAUUUAAUUUAAUCAAUUUUUUAAUUUUUUUUAAUGUGGCCUCAAUCCUUUUACUAUCGAAAAAUAGGUUUUGAUCUUAAAGAUUUGUUUAGAUAUAUCAAGUCAGGAUGCCACUAAAAGUCCUCAUAAACAUAGGCCUCCCUGGGCCUUAUUACAGGAAAGGAGCCAAUAUAGUCUGAUAACAGACUCAAAUGUAUUAUUUCACCAUUGUCAGGAACCAAGUGGGUAGAAGCUUUGGCCUUGACCAGAUAUGUUUGAAUAGACCCUAAACCUCAGACUAAUUAGAUAAAGACCAGCCUCGCAAGACAUUAUUUUUCUGUCAAAGUAUAUGAUCAACGGUCCUAUGCGAUUAUAAACACUGUCUCUAUAGAAUCGAUGUUUCAUAGUUUACAAUCGUGUCCGUCGAUUAAAAACCUCCGUAAAAAUACCUUUUCAUGUAGUUAAAUGGUGUAAAAAACGAACAAAAACUGCUAGUUUAGUAUAAGAUAUGUAUGAAAUCUAAGCUCGUUUUCCUUAGAAAAUGGCAGAAAAUUUUGUUCGUGAAUUUGGGAGCGAUACUAGUCCUUAUGUAUUUAGUCUGAGCCCUAAACAUAUAUCAAUGAUUAUAGAAUAUACUUUGUACUACGUAUAAUUCAGCUAUUACAAAUGAAAAUUUGUGACGAUUUUAAAAGUAUGAAAGUUAAUUUGAAAUUACAAUAUUGUGAUUGGCGCUUAAAACUGUUUACUUAUUUACAGACAUAUAUUUUUUAUAAAUUAUUAAGAUCGUGUGACAAAAAUUUUCAGACAAAUAAUGACCUUAUUAGUAUCAUAGAAAAUACAUAAGAAAUAUGUUUUCCAUUUCACUAUUUCGUAAUGGCGUGUUGCUUGUGAAAUUCACAAGAAAAGAGAUGUAAUUCAUAUAAUUUAGGCUGGUUCUUAUUAAAAAUGAUGUGUUCACUUACCAUUCGAUGUUGUAUAUAGUUAUAAAAACGUUUGUUUAGGUUUUUUUUUUCACCGAAGUUUUAUUAUUAGAAACUUCAGGUAAUAGCUUCAAAUGAGCCCUUUUCUUCUAAAGGUCUAAAAAUCCCCUAGGGCUGUAUCGGGAGUAGGUACAAAUCGACAUAUGACCGUGAAAUUGUAGUAAGCGAUACUUUUAUCAAUUUAAGUCAAUAUUGUGCCAAUUUUAGUACAAGUGACAUUUUCAUUUUCAAGAGUAUUUCAUAUAUUUCAAUAAAAAAAUUCAACACAUUUUAACCCCCCUCCCCCUCUCCCAGUGCUGCCUCUAGCAGAUUUAAAAAAAACCUUUAGAGGAAAAGGGCUCAUCGAGCAAGUUUCAUAAUUACAGGUAAUUCAUGUUUUUGAAAUGUUUUAAUUAUUAGUUUACACCCAGUAGAUAGUGCUAUUUUAGGGUGAUUUCUAUAAUAGAGUCGUUUAUAUUAACGCCGCGAGAGUUAAGAAAGUAUUAGGAUAACAGUGGCGUGCACAUUAUUUUGGAUUGGGUAGGCAUUGUGCAAAUAUGAUAACGGUAUGUUUGAAGUGCACGUCUCACUUGGGUCGUAAUUAUAACUUGGCAAAUUCGUUUGUAACAGACAGAUAAACUCACAACUGAUUUCCAGUCUCUGCCCCGCGCGCACGACUUCACACCCGCAGAGUCGUUCCCUCCCCGCUCGCAUAUCAUGGGAGUGUCAGCAAUAAACUUGCUAAGCUAUAACUCUUUUUAGGGUUCCGUAUCCCAAUUUUUUUUUUGUAGAAUUAUCUUUAUCUUCAAUAAAGUUUAUCUUGUGUGAUGUUCGGUGCUAAACUAUAACUUUUUGGUUUUAGAGAUUUAUUUUGGAGAAACAAAGUCUCGAGAAAUAAAAAUCGUGUCUACUAUUGUGUGGACUAGACAUUAAAUUGAACGUACUUUCAUACUGAAUUGUCAGUAUGGAUAAACAAUGGAGGUACAUACCUUGAACGGAACCAACUGUUUGCGAUUCCAACUCGCACUUGACUAUUUUUUUAAAUAUUCAAUAUUAUAUUUUUCGAUGUACGUAAAUAUAUAUUUUUAGCAGUGAAAUGCUUUAUAUAAAACUGGGAUUUUUUAAGUUUUCUUUUUGAUUUGAGAUUUUUUUUUUGUUUACUUUAGUGCUUAUUAAUCAAUUAAUUUAUCUUGUAAUUAGUAAUUAGAUCUCAUUCAAAAGAUUCAUCACAACACACUGUUGUUCGUUUAGGGCAGUUUUGAAAUUGAAAAAUCCUUUAUACUGUAAUGUUUUGUUUAAGAAUCGAUACUAGUAUAGUUCGAAAAACUUGUGAAUAACGUUUUGUAUAUUAACUAAAUAAUAUUUUGCUUUGAAUAUGUACGGAUAUCGUGUUACUGGCAAAGUUCAAAUGCAAAAUUUACUUUGAAACAAUGUAAAAGUUUAUUUCUUUUAUUUUUAAUUGGUACUGUAACACAUUCCGUAGACAGAGAAAAAAAUAAACUAAUUUACAUUUCACAUUCAUCACGUGGACUCUUUAUGGAAAGAGAAUAUGUGGUGUUUUUUUUUUAUUCUCUGCAAGUUAGUCCUUGAUAAUCUCACCUGAUGGUAAGUGAUGAUGCAAUGAGAUUGAAGCGGGCUGACUUGGAAGAGGAUGAAAAUCCGCACCCCUUACGGUUUCUACACGACAUCGUACUGGAACGCUAAAUCACUUAGCGGUACCUCUUUGUUGGUAGAGGACCUCAAUCAACCUAGCCGGGGAUCGAACCCAGGACUUCCGUCUCGUAAAUCCACCGCGUACACUACUGCGCCAUGGAGGCCGUCAUUAAUUAUUAUUGUUAUUUAAAAAAUAAAUCGGUUAUUCGCUUAUCCACUUUGCCGGUAACAUAACAAUUUUAUAAUCACUUUUAGGGGAAAAAUUACGUAAUAAACGUAAUGAAAUGUUAUAUUUUUACACAAAUAUAAUAAAUAGUUAUAUAAAAUAUAUAGUGAUGUAUAAAUUAGUAAAAUAUAGUGAAUAGUUAACGAAGUCAUCGAUUUUUUUGUUAAUUGAUAAUAUUCUACAGCAAUAUAUUUAGAUGCAAAUACUGCCCUAUGGCUUCCAGCGUAAAUAUUAUGCGACGAAGUUAGUUUGUAAUCUUAGAAUAUUAUGGAUACAUUCCACUAAACGAUUAGAACGUCCAAAAUAAUGCAACUGUUCCACAUGACGACCACGUGGUCCCGGCGAAAACGUCAUUGAUGACGUCAUUAAUUAUGCUCACGAAAAGCCUCAGACCAAUUAGCUUUUAUUGGACUUGACCUGAGUUCUUGCACUACACACAACUAUUUUAAAUCGUUAUACACACACGUGUAAUUUUAACACAAUGAAACAUCGAUUCUAUAGACGGAGUUUGUAUGAACACGUUUGAUCAUGAUCAAACAGUUUUGACAGAGGGGCAACCUCUAGCGAGGUAGGUCCUAUAGAAGGUAAUUGGUCUGACCGAAAGGCUCACAACAACCCAUCUAAAGAGCUUCUAUUAUUUCCUCUCCAUUCCACUUGAUUUUAUAAUGGCAAUGCUCGCAAGCAAGUGGAAAAAUUAAAAUGUGAUCGUUGUGAUCGCUUAGUGGAUAUUUAAUCCUCCAUCAUCAAUUUUAAAGGUCCAAUUCAGGGACAACAGGAUAAUUAUGUAUAUCGGUAGAUAAUUCAAUAUGCGAGCCUACCUGAAGAGGGAGUGAUUUUUCGCGGGUGAUCCCUCAUGAUGAACCAUCAUAUUACCUAUUCUUAAUUAAGUGGUUAAUUUCUUCCAUUAGCUUCUAUUAUUCAUCUAAAAUAGUUAUCUCUCGUAGCAAGUUGUUAACGGUGUUUCAACGAAAUAAUUUCAAUUAACGUAAUUUCGUUGUAAUAGCCAAUCGUUAGAAGACUGCAAUAACGAGAAAUCAUUGCGAUUAAUAUAGUGGUGGCUCAUGUUUUAAAUUGUAUACUGAAAUCCUGAAUCCUCAGACCUUCCAGUUUUUUGAGGGGGACGAGGUAAACUCACACAUUGAAAAUGUUUAACACCUAUAAAUUUAUGCUGUGUACACUCACACAAACUAUAUAAUUUUAAAUCGUAAUACACACGUGUAAUUUUAACACGAUGUAACAUAGAUUCUAUACACGCAGUUUGUAUGGAUACAUUUGAUCAUGAUCAUAUAGUUUCGACAGAGGGGUAACCCUUAGCGAGGCAGGUUCUAUAGAAGGUAAUUAAUUCGUCUGAGACUGAAACACGUAAUUACCUUCCAAGCCUAGACUGCAAUAGCCAUACGAUUGCAUAACAACUUCGUCGCAUGUACUUGUGUAUAUAGAAUUAAAGUUUGGAAUUAUUAUGAUUAUGAAAUAAAAGUAAAUUGUUUCGAAAAA